GUGACUGCCUGUGCUGCUGCCGUGCCACGCGCAUUGCCAUAAGUGGGGACAAGAAAAAAAACCCAGAAAAUUAUUUGUAGUUUUACGGUGCCUUCGACGGUUGUAGAAACCAAGUCCGUCUAAUGCUCGCUCUUCUCUGCGGAUUUCUUUAAAAAUAAAACAACAACAAACACUUCAACGCCAAAACCAUUUUACAACUUUACUCCUUCAACAACAACAAGAACAACAACAAGCACACUGUCACACAAGAAUCUCCAGCGGCAAUCUGUCGGAAUAUUUGCUGAACUAAGCCCAGCUUUUCGGACGUAAAGGCCAGCAGCGCGGACCGCGAGUGCAUUGCCGCAAUCCUCCAGCGGAGGACAACACACACACAUCCCUUUCGACAUCUAGCAGGAGCCUCGCCCCUAGAGCGCUAGCCCAAAGAUGGCGGCCUUCAUAGCCAAGCAAAUGGUUGGAAACCAAUUAAGUGCCGUUAAAGAUGCCGCAGGCGGAGGUGAUGGUGGCGACGAUGGCGACGACAAGGAAAAGGCAGAGGAGGAGGAGAGGGAGCGCCAGGAGGCCAUUCGUGAGGCCGAAGAGCGGCGCAAGGAGAAGCACCGGAAAAUGGAGGAGGAGCGCGAGAAGAUGAGGCAGGACAUUCGCGAUAAGUACAACAUCAAGAAGAAGGAGGAAAUCGUCGAGGCGGCCCCACAGGAAGAACCCAAUCCUCUGAUGAGGAAAAAGAAGACGCCGGAGGAACUCGCCGCCGAAGCGGAGCAGGAGGAGCUCGACGAUUUUACAAAACUGAAAAAUCAAAUAGAAACGCAAGUAAAUGAGCUAAAAACUCAAAUAGAGGGAAAAUGUGUCAUGCAGUGAUAUGUCAGUCAUCGUAAUAUGAAAAAUAAUAACGAAAAACACAUAUAAUACAAAACAAAACCAAAC